AUGGAGUCUGUUAAAACAACACCUGUAGAGAUAAAGGAAGGACUAAAGUUCAGAUUGAGAAGUCGUAAAGGACACAAGAACAGAGAUGGUGAUUCAGAUUGGUAUCUGGCUUACUACGAUAAAGAUGGUCUUGUCACCAAUGGAUCAACCAACAAACACUCUGAAUGGAUUAUCAAGUCUGUGGAUAAGACAAAUGAUAUAGUGUAUAUUAAGCAUUGUGGAGCUGGUAGUCACUACUUGGGCAUUACUGAACAGUUGGAGGCAACGGCCGAUGGUGAUCCAGAGUUCUCGGCAAAGUUGAGGUUGAUCUGGCUCGACUCUGGAAGAGUGUGUAUCAUGUCCUACACACAACGCGAGAGAAAGAAUAGGACUGGCAGUGCAGGUCCACAUAUUGGAGUGGCACCACGUGGUGAUCUGAUUGGAAAUGCUGGACGUGGAGACUGGGGCCAGUUCGACCUCAUCCCCAUUCUCCCAGAAGGGGAGGUGGCAUCAGCUACAUUGUCGCUCACCAGCCUUUCCAUCUCGGACCCGGGCAGUCCUGCCAUGCGUCUACUCACCGACUUUCCCCGCCAUCGCCAGAUGUUUGGAGGUGUGUUCUUCAUUGAGCAGAAGCCGACCAAACUAGUCAAGGCACAACUAAAGGUGGACAUCAAGUUACCACACAUGAAAGUUGACCGAUGGGCAUUGGUCACCGCUGCCCCACCCUCGCCACUACCCAUCCAAGACGUGAAGCAGGCUUCACUCAAGGUGUACAAUGGUGCUGGCGACCAGCUUGUGUCAGGCGGCGACAUGUUACAGACCAAGAACGGACACUUCAUGUUCCGUGCGUUGGCCAAGGGACAUCAGCACCAUGUCCAAGCUCGCUACGAGAUCGAGGCACAACUGUUCGCCAUCAGCCUCAAGCAGGCCGGUCCCAAAGACCACGUGCCUUCUGUAGUGCCACUGUCAGCAGAGCAGCGUGCCUAUCAUCUCAAACACACGACAUUGAUGGACUUUAACAACACCAACUUUGUACAAUGGGUCAAUGGCAACAACCUACACCCGAUACCCUUUGUGGCAGAGGGCGUCGAGCCCCUGCUAUGCUUUGCAUACCGCGUGUUCCUCUUCCUCAAGAUAUACUUCUCCUACAUCUAUGCCCAGGAAGUCAAAUCACGCAAAGCAUCCGACACCAUCGUAGCCCGUGCCACUGACUGCGGUGGCUUCUGCAUUCUAUUCGCAGCCAUCAUGCGUAUGCAUGGCAUACCCGCACGUCUCCUAUUUGGUAGAUGGGCCAGCACACCAGCUGAAGGAGAGCAAUGCUUCCAUGUCAAGGGAGAGUUCUACGCUGAUGGUAUUGGAUGGAUACCUUAUGAUCCAGCAUCAGCAAUAUUACAUGACCACGCAACUCCACAUACCAAGUUCUUUGGUAAUGAUGGUGGCAACUUCAUCACAAUGCACUUGGAUCAUAAUAUUGAUGGAAUAGACACGGCAAUCAUUGGUAACAAGCAGUUGGAGUUCACUCAAGGUGUAUCAUACUGGGUCACUGGUUCUGGUACGAAUGACAAGUCGUCCGUCGUCCAGAAGUGGACUGUACAGUGA